CCUACGAAAACUUCCUCUGUGAUGACAUUACAUUUGGGUGUUUUGCAAUGUCACAUCAUGAAGCAUAUUAAAAGGCUGUUGCGACAAAGAGGGCAGUUUUAGGCACUUCUGCUUCUUAUACGUUAAACUACUUUUCUGAGUGAUGAAGUGUAUUGUGAUGGUGUUGUGGACUCAUUUGUUACUAUUGUAAAGUCCAAAGUCAUCCUCGUUACAAACCAUGAUGGCAGGAAUCCAGAUAAUUUCCUUCAUUUUCAUCAGCUCGGUGUUACAUACUCAUUCAGCUGAUGAUACCUACUUUGCCACAAUGCCUCAGACAGUAACUGCUCUGACAGGCUCUUGUGUGCAGAUUCCUUGCACAUUCAACAUCUCCGAUUUUGAAGACAAACGUAACAAGACAAAAUCUAUUGAUGGGAUCUGGUUGAAAAAUAAAUCACAGUUUGCUGAUGGUUUCAUAGCUUUUAAUAGCAGUAAAAACAUCAUUAGAGGAUUCAGUAACAUACAGAUGACUGGAGAUCUCAGUGAGAGGAACUGCACAACUGUCUUCUAUAACAUCAUGAAGAAUCAUUCAGAUCUCUACUACUUCAGACUGGAAAUGGAGCCAGAUGUGUUCAGAGCAACAUUUAACCCCAAUCAACCUGAUUCAAGAAAGACUGUGAGCAUCACUGUCAUAGAUUCACCACAGCCUCCUGAACUUAAACCCAAUGAUAAACACUCUGUGAUGGAGAACACAAUAGUCAAUCUGAGCUGCUCUGCUGAAGCCCCCUGCCCCAAACAACCUCCUACAAUAUCCUGGUCCAACAUCCCUGAAUCUGCCCACAUUACAACACAGUUACAGGAGAAACAUGAUAAAACCCAGUCAGUGUUUUCACACAUGACCUUCAAAGCUUCAUACAUGGAUCACAGAAGGAACAUCUCCUGCACUGCUACAUAUCCAAGAAAUACACUUGAAGACUCAACUGUGGAGACCAGCGUGAUGCUACGAGUCCUGUUUCCUCCUAAAGAAACUCACAUCAUCAUUACUCCAUCUGCUUCAGUCUCUGUUGGCACUAAUGUGACUUUGACCUGCAAAAGCAAAGCCAGUCCAUCAAAUGACAUGACCUACACCUGGUACAAACAUGGACAGGAGAUGCCAAUAGCUCAGGGAAAGAAGAUUAGUUUCAUCGUAACUCAUAAUAAUACAGGCUCAUACUUCUGCAUUGCACAAAAUAAACAUGGAAAACAGUCAUCAGCAGAGAUCCAGCUCACAGUUGAAGGAGAGAGAGGAUUCUUUUAUCGUGUGAUAUUUGGUUGUACAGGAGCACUUUUGGCCUUUGUUCUGUUGUCUGCAAUAUUCUUUUACUGUAUGAGAACAAAUAAAUCAAGUCAGGACCAUGUCAUAGAAAGAGAUCAGGCUACAGAUAAAAACAGUGACAUGGCUAUCUAUGCCAACAGUUCCAGUGUAAGCAACAAGAAAAGUGAGAAGAAAGAAAAUGAUGGUCUCCACUAUGGAGAGAUCGACUUCUCCAGACUCCAGAUGGGCAACAUGACAAGGGAAGACUCAAACAAUGGUCCACAGACAGUGUAUGCUGAGAUUCAAAUGACAGGGAGAAACAACAAGAAAACUGUUGAGCAAAUGGAUUAAAAAAUCUAAUCUCUUGUCUAAAUAGUGAAAAAAAAGAUACAUAAAUAAUAAUGAAACUUCAUUGUACUUAAUAGAAAAAAGCUGAACUCAAAAUUUGAUUGUUGUAAGCUGAACUUAAAAUGAUUGAGUUGCAGCAGAUUUCUAAUUUACAGCAUGAUUUGCGUUAGACUAUAAGGAAAAUAAAUGUUGAAAAUAAGUGUUAUUUUGUUUGUUUUAGCACACGAUUAACAUAGGGAGACUUAAGUUAGUGUUUAAUGUUGUGUUAUGCUGGGAUUAUAGGGGUUCUGUUAUGUUAGUUUUGUAGGGUUACCAUUGUGGUGAAGAGUAGAGCCUGUGGUUAGGUUAAGGGUGGGCUGCAAAUCAUUUAAGAACAUAUAUACUGUAUGUUGUUUGAAUAUAUACAUGCAAGUAUAUAAUGACAGUCUCGUUGAUAGUUUUAAUAGCAUGUGCUAUUUGCUAUCUAACAUUUUACCAAGAUCUGAAUGUGAUGUUUACGUAAAUGAACUGUAUGUAAUUAACAUCAUGAUGAGUGAGGCGAGGCUGAGAACUAUGGGAGCGAAGGGUGGCCGGUGAAACAAAAACUUUAAGCUCUUGUAACUUCAAAAACAAAUUUCUUUGUUUACUUAAAUGUUUUUGAGUAUUCUGAACUUAUUGAGUUUUACAGUGUAUCAUCAUUGCUUUGUACCAAUGUUAGUUUUUGCUUAGUCUUAUGUAACUUUAUUACUUUGAGUUUUAAUGAACUUAAACCAUUUAAGGCAAUCAGUUUCUUCAAACCAUUUAAGUAGCUAUAGUUGUUAAGACUUAGUUUACUCUAAUGAUUGAGUAAACCAAUGCUAAAAUAUUAGUGAAUUUAACAAUGUAUAUGAAUUUACAGUACUCGUACUUAAUGGUUUUAAAACUUAAAUGGUUUGAGUUACCGAUACUUAUCGGGUUUUAAGUGCAGCAUUUAAAAAUGUAUAUAAUAUUAAAUGCUCUUAUAGGGCACCUAUGAUAAUAUGUAUGCUGGUCACCGUGAUUUUGCCAAGUGAGACAUGUUCCUGGAUCAACAUAUUUUGUUUACCCUGAAAAUGUAGUCAUAUUCCUAUCCCCAUGGUCAGAUCUAUCCAUCUGCCACCCCAUAUUUAUUCCCAUAUAAAAUAUAAAUAAAUGUACGCAGUGUUCUCUGUACCACAUUUUAGCAACUGUGCUCUAAUGUGAUGACAUAAAAAAGAUGUACUGUGGCAAGAAAACACGUUUGCUGCACGGCUGCUUCAUUAACAUGUGACUUUUAUGAACCGGUUCUGGUCAGUCAAAAACAAUUUACAAACAAAUCUAGUUGCAGAGUUAGGUUGACAUCUUUGAAAAACAAACAUUAUUUGGUUUGACAAGGACUUUUCUUGAUUUAAAAUAGUUUGAACUUUGAAGUUCAUGAUGGAUCAACAAAGAAAGUUUGGUGUUCUGGGUUGUUGCUCAACUUUUGCUAAAUGGUUGCUGACCUUCCAUAAUGCCCACAUACUGAAAUUCACACCACUGUUAAAGAAGUCUCAGAAGUCUUAAGUCUCAGUGCUUUGAUAUUUUGACUGCUCUUUCUAGCAAUUAAAAAAAAAAAGGUUUUGUUGCUCUUAAACUUGAUUCACUAAAACUUGUGAUUUAUAUAUCAUCCAAAUAACCUACAAAAUAUUAAUAAACUCUUCCAUAACAAGCUCAGAGACAUUUAGAAUGUGUUGAUGUGUUAUAAGACAGUGCCUUGGUGCCAUGGCUAUUGAUUUUGUUAUUAGGGGUCCAAUCACCAAAUUUUAAAAUAAAAUAUUCUAUAAAAUUUCUCAUAA